AUGGCAUCUGAUCCUCGUUUUCGACUUUUACCCCUGCAGACACCUGAAACUACCAAUGAUGCCGCCUCCAAUCCCGGCCAGGCAGCACGCCUAAUUCUUCUCUCGUUCGAUCAGAUGCCGAAAUGGUUUCGACACGAAUCCAAUAAGUUUAUUCUCUCCGGCUAUAGACGCAUCUCAGGCUCAUUUCGCACUUCAUUAUACAGUUUAUUGUAUAUUCACAAUGAGUCAAUCAACAUUUAUUUCCACCUCAUCCCGGCCGUUUUCUUUUUGCUCUACCAAUGGUAUAUCCAGCAGUACUCGGAGGCCACUGGCGCCGAUUUCAUUGCUCUGUCCAUCUUCAUGUUGGCAGCCAUCACGUGCCUGUCGUUUUCAGCGGCGUAUCACACCUUCAUGAACCACUCAAAAAGUGUGGCGCAUUUGUGUUUACGAUUGGACAUGUUGGGUGUAGUAUUAUUCGUACUGGGUGACCUUGUAUUGGGAAUAUACCUGGUUUUCUGGUGUGAGCGUUUGUUACGCAAUAUCUACUGGUCUAUGAGUGGAGUCAUCGGAAUGAUGACCAUCUUCUUGACGAUGCAUCCCAAGUUCCAAGGUCCAAAGUACCGCCUCCUCCGAGCAUUGAUGUUCGUAGCGACAGGAUUGUUCGGUUUGUUGCCCCUAAUACAUGGAGUCGGCAUGUUUGGCGUACCGCAGAUGAUGAGAAAAGCAUUUCCAUAUACUUUGGCAAAAGCAGGCUGCCUCUUAGUGGGAACGUUAUUUUAUCUGACCAGGUUUCCUGAAAGUCGGUAUCCUGGAGAAUUCGACCUGUGGGGAUCUCAUUCAAUCUUUCACAUGUUGGUGGUAUGCGCCGCUGUAGUCCAGUUGGCCGGAUAUCUAGAUGCUUUUGACUAUGCUCGCACAAACCUUACAUGUUGA